CCUUUCUUUCUCUUCUUCCCCAAAAGCUCUGAUUUACGCGCAACUGCGGUAUUUUUGUUGACUCCUUUCUCGGUUACAUUGUUUCUUUCUCUUCCUAGCUGUAAUUCUUGAAGCCUGAAGGUGAAGGGUAUUACUAAAGGUCCAUUCUUUGGAACUGGUCGGGGAGGAGUUUAUAUAAAGUUACCCAUCCAAACCCAUUUGAUUUUAAUUUAAACCCUAGGGUUUCUUGAUUCAGGGUUUUGUCACAGAGGUGGCGGCAAACUCCUUGUGGAUCUCAGAUCCGUUGGGGGCAGGGAUUUUACGAUUCGAUUGAUUGAUUGAUUGAUUGCUGCUCUGUUAAAGGUAGUAUAAGAUGGAGAAUGGUUACACCGGUUCUGGUUCUGGUUCUGUUAGUGCCACGCAGGUUGGCCCUUAUUUCGUUGGACAGUACUAUCAAAUUCUUCAGCAGCAGCCUGAUUGUGGUCACCAUUUUUAUACAGAUUCUAGUACUGUGGUUCGGGUGGACGGUGAAUCAACUGAGAGGGCAACUGCUAUGAUGCAAAUCCAUACACUGAUUAUGUCCCUUAACUAUACGGGGAUUGAGAUAAAGACGAUAAAUUCACUUGAGUCUUGGAACAGAGGGAUUCUUGUGGUGGUUUCAGGUUUGGUUAAAACCAAACAUUUCAGUGGGAAAAGGAGUUUUGUUCAAUCCUUUUAUCUUGCUCCCCAAGAGAAGGGCUAUUUUGUCCUCAAUGAUAUUUUUCACUAUGUAAACGAGGAAGUGAUACACCAUUACCCUGUUCCCACAUUAUCCGAGAGUCAAAAUGAUCAGCAACUCUCUACCUCCACACCAGUUCUAGCUCUAGAGCCUACAGCACCUGACUAUGGUCUAGAGGCACAGGCUGUAGAGUAUGUGAGCUCUGUGCACAUCGAUAGAGAGGUUCCAAUUGAACAUUACAGUUUCCAAGAGCACCAGCAGGACCUGCAGCAAGACUUUGAACCUGAGCCUGCUUUGGAGGAAGCUUAUGUAGAAGAUUCAAUUGCUUAUAUUUCAGAUGAGACCGUUGAAAUCCCCCCAGAACCGUUGGUUCCUGUAUCGGAACCUGUUGGGGAGCCUGCAAAGCUUUCAUACGCCUCCAUUUUAAGAGUUGCUAAAGAACCUUCAGCCACAACAGUUGUCACAAGGCCAUCUUUAAGCAAGAGCCCUGCCCCCGAGUCUGAGUGGGAGCAAACACCAAAACUUGCUGCACCACAGUUCAAUCACUCUGAGCCUACCGUGGAGGCACCGGAGGAAGUGUUGCCUCAAGAAGAUGAAGGUGAAUUUAAAUCUGUUUAUGUGAGGAACUUGCCGUCUUCAAUUGUGGCAUCUGAUGUUGAGCAAGAGUUCAGUACUUUUGGCAAGAUCAAAACCGAUGGUGUUUUUAUCAGGAACCGAAAAGACAUUGGUGUGUGUUACGCCUUUGUGGAAUUUCAAGAUCUUCAUGCUGUUCAUAACGCAAUCAAGGCAUCGCCAAUAGUAAUGGCUGGAAGACAAGUCUAUAUAGAGGAGAGGAGAGCCAGCACUAUUGGUGCUCCACGCGGUGGAGGAAGAGGGGGUAGGGGCGGAAGAGGAAGAGGAGGCUAUCAACCGGAGAUGGCUUCAAGAGGAGGACGCUAUGGUGGCCGUAGCUCUGGCCGAGGAAGAGGAAAUCAAGAUGGCGGUGAUGAUUCCUACAGGUCUAGAACCAAUGGCAAUAGCAAUGGCUUCCGCAGCUACUAAUUCCUAAUCAUCUAUCUUCUUAAGUUAGUUAAUGGCGAUGAAUUUCUCAAGGGUUUCUUUAUUUAUGCACUUUCUUUUUUAAUGUAUGAUUUGUGUGGUGUUGAUUUUUCAUUUUGGUUGGACAAAACUUCUAGUACCUGAGGAUCAUCAACAUUUUGUAGUUUUGCCAUUUGAUUUUGCUCCCUUUGGGUAGUUCUAUUUUUUAUUCAAUUUUAA